AUGGAGAGAGCGUUGCAGUGGAUUGUGGUUGUAGCAGUAUGUGCUUCAUCCACCAUAAAUCGUGCUGCAGGAAUCGAUGAAACUCCUCAUAGAAAGCUUGCCAAUGUUGAUUAUUCAGAUGUGAUAAGCAUUGAUUGUGGGGUAAAGGAGGGCUACAUUGACUUGAUGACCAGCAUACAGUACCAAGACGAUGAUAUUGAAUUCGGUGAAAUUCACACCAUUUCCAAUAACUCAUUUGAAACCCAAGCUCAAAUUAACAAACAGCUUACGUCACUUCGAAGCUUCCCAGAAGGGAAGAGGAAUUGCUAUAGCUUGAAACCCAAACAGGGAAAGAACAAGAGAUACAUUGUGAGAGGUUACUUUGCGUAUGGAAACUACGACAACAAAAGUAUGCCUCCAACUUUUGAUUUGUACAUUGAUGUCACUGUCUUCACUUUCAUACGUUUCAGUGUGGCUAAUAACACUCGUCGAGUUGAAGCUAUUUAUACCAGCUUAACGGACACCAUUGAUUUCUGCCUGGUGAAUGUUGAGCAAGGAGUACCUUUCAUUUCACUGUUGGAGUUGUGGCCUCUGGGAAGUGCUUAUGUUUAUCAAGAUUUGUUGAAUUUACAGACUCUAGAUCUCCUCACCAGAGUCACACUUGGUGUCUCUUAUGCACCCAACCAAUUGCUCAGGUAUAUGGAUGACGAAUAUGGUAGGUCUUGGCUUGCAAGAGCGUUAACACGUAAUGAGAAAGAAAUGAGCACAGAAUUAGGUAUUGAUUUGGAUACGCUGAAUGAUCCUUACAAGUUGCCGACAGAAGUGUUGAACACUGCAGUGAGGGCAUUGAGGUUGUCUGAUUCGGUGAAUAUAUGGAGGAAUUACACAGACAGGAGUUUCGAAUAUAAAGUAUAUCUUCAUUUUUUUGACUUUGAGGAAAGGGUAGAUAGUAGUGAGAAAAGGAUAAUGAAUGUUCUUGUUAAUGGCUUUGGAGAAGAUGUUCAAGUUAAUGUCACAAAAAACGUUAGCCUUUCGUACAAGGAGGUCGUUACCCUACAACUUACGGUAGAACAAGGAAUGGGCAUUAACAACAUUUUCAUUAAAGCCACCUCUGACUCUCACUUACCUGCCAUGCUUAAUGCUUAUGAGAUUUAUCGAGUCGUUCCUCAGUCUGUUUCACCCACGCACCAAGAUGAUGUCGAUGCAAUCAAACGCAUCAAAGACAUCUAUAAGAUCUCCAGAAUGAAGUGGCAAGGAGACCCCUGCGGACCCACCGGAUUUACAUGGGAUGGUCUGACUUGCAAUGCUAGGAAUCCUCCAAGAAUCAUCUCAUUAUUUUGUAAAUUAUCGGGCAACAUAGAUGUGUCAUUCUCCAACCUUGCAAAUUUAGAGAUUUUAGAUCUGUCAAACAAUCAAUUGGUGGGAGAGGUGCCAGAAUUCUUUGCCAAGUUAUCGCAGUUGAAGAUACUUAAUUUGUCAAGGAAUAGUCUCACAGGUCCCAUUCCUGAUGUCCUCGUAGCGAAGUCAAAGAGUAAUUCUUUACAAUUGAG